AUGUCUUCUUUCUCCUCGGGGUCUCCUUAUGCAAAGCGCAAACCGGUUCCCGAUUCUCCCGACUCUGUCCCAUCAAAAAAUAGUAGCAAGGCAACAACUGAUUUAGGGAGUUAUGCGAAUCAAGUUCCAAGGGCACCCGCAAAAUCACCGCUAAGAAAUUCGGGAGCUGGUACUCCAACUGGUGCAGUUAGUGGGUCGGCACAAACUACCAACUUACAACCUGUCAUGAGCACAAUGCAAAUUUCCAAUUCUCUUUCACAUCUUUCGGCGGCGGACUCAUCCUCAUUAAAUUCGUCAUACGAAUAUGGCUUAUCGUCUUCUGGAAAAAAAGAUUAUGGAGAAUUGGAUAUUAAUUACAAGGCAACCUCGUCGAGCGCAACUGGAUUUACACCGGUUGACAAUACAUCCUCACCACCGAUAUCACCAAAGAUUAAGUUACCUUCGCUGGCGAUCGCGAACGAUUUGCUGGCUUCUUCUGAAGCAAUGCUCGCUUCUGUCACCGCGCCAAAAUCGCCACCUGGAACUUCUUUUUUGGACACCACAGAUGACAUGCUGAUGCAGCUAUUGAUUUCUCAGGCGAUAAUCGAUUCAAGGGAUUUUAACGUCUUAACUUUGGAGGAAGUUGAGGAACUAAAAAAGGAUCAUUCCUUACUGACGACACGUAUUUCAGCUCUCACAUCAAAAUUGUCGCUUGAAUCGAAAAUCCGAGAAGCCGCUAGCUCACUUGCUCGACUUCAUUCCUCGAAUAAAAGAUUGUCUAGACAAGCGACCGAUCAUCUUUCGCAGGCCAACAGAAAAGUUGAUCAAGUCGCCACCGAGCUCUGGAAGUUGACGCAAAGAGCCGGCGAAGUUCAGAGGAAAUUGUUACAACAUAUGGCCGGAAUUCUUAGCAUAGGGUUUCGCAAGUUAGAAGAGAAACAGAACCAACCAGCACCGCAGAAUCCCGUCAAUCAAUUAUGGGGAGGUGGCAAUGGAAUUGAUCACUUAUUCAACGAAAUCAUGGGAGUAGAUUCCAGGGGUUCGGAUGCAGCACUGUCAGAUAAAGUUUCGAAUUUAGAGAAUUCCAUUCAAAAUUUGCAUCAAACACUUGCUGAAGCCAGGAUGGCAUUAAAAAGAAAAGAUAAAGAGAUCGAGGAAUUAAAACAAAAGGCUGACGACACAGCAACAGAGUCAAGGGAGAGAACUAUUGCUGAGCUGAGGACCGAGUUAGAAGAAGUUGCAAGUCGGUUAGACAUAGUGCUCCGAAAGCAUAAGGCAGGAAAUCGAAAAAAUAGUGCAACUUCCGAGAACGAAGAUUCCGAUGAGUCCGAUUCAGGUGGAUCAACCUAUCGGUUGUCAACGAUGACCACAGCGACGCAACAUUUACAAAAGGAGCAAUAUAAAAACAUAUCGGAUAACAUGAGUGCACUGGAGAAAGCCUUAGAAGAGUACAUGUUCCACAUAUAUAAAUUAGAACAAGAAUUGAAUUCCAUCAAAAGCAAUUCUGACGGCGAACCAAAGUCACAACAGAAUGAGUUGCAGGAGGCGUUAGGAGAUUUGCAACGUGCAAAAGAAGAAUCAGAAUCUGAUAAGCAGAAAAUCGAAGAGAUGACGAACGAAUUGUCGGAAUUGCGAACGAAAGUGCAAGAUCUGGAGACAAAAAUCAAAGAUGUGGAGCCAAAGACUUCUGGCAGAGGGGUGGUCCAAAAUAAAAUGAAUGAUAUCAACAUGGAGUUAAAAUUGAAAAAGUUGACACGAGAGCAUGAUGAAUUAGUCGAUUCGCUUAGGUUGGUGCACAUGAAGCUUCCUGACGAACGAAAUCCCGGAGGUAGUUUCAGAAAACCUAAGUUUACGGUUGAAUUAUUCCUAUCUCGAGUAAAGAAUCUGGGGGAAGAGAAUAGAGAAUAUGUAGAGCAGAUAUCGUCAUUGGAGUCACGAUUGCAGAGUGCGCAAAAAGAGCAAGUGGGCGAAUCAAGUCAAGGUGAUUUAAAGGCUGAAUUGGAAUCCACGCGUAAUGAACUCGAAGAAACAAAGUUAAAAUUGUUAGACUUGGAGUCCAAAGCUGCUAGCGCCUUGUCCAACGUGGAAACCAGUAACGCGAAAGGUUCCGAAUUGUUGAAAGAAUUGGACAAGGUGAGAGAGGAAUUGAUGGUAGCGAAGGAGAACAUAAGAAAAUAUGAAGCUAUACUUAAACGGCAGUCGGUUGUGCAGGUGGUGGACAAUGGCGUCUCAAUAAAGGAGGAAUUUCAGCAACAAUUGGCUGCACAGGAGCAAGAGUAUGAGGCACAAAUUAAGGAAAGAGAUUUCACCAUCACAAAGUUGAGAAAUGAUUUGCGGGGUGUUACCACCGAAAAGGAAAAUGCUUCGCAGAUGAUCACAGAUUUGGAGAACAUGCUGAAAUCAAAAUCGAGGACUUUGGAUCAGAGGGAAGUUACAAUAAAUAAAUUGGAGGGAGAAAUUGAAACGCAUAAGGUAAAGCUCGCGGAGUUGAAGGCUACGACAAAUUUGGUAUCCUCGAGAAUAAAUAAAUUUGGUGAUGACGCGUCUUCAGAUGGCAGAGAUGAGGGGCUCAGGUCGCAAGUAAAUGAAACGAACGAAGAGAUACAGCGUCUACGGUCCUUAAAUGAAAAUCUUGAAUUACAGGUGAAAAAACUUAAGGAAUCCUUAGCCGAAGCACAGAAACAAUUUUCAAUGCGUGAAGAAUCGAUGGAGAAACGUUCCGAGAUUAUGCAAAAUGAAUUGGAUGGGAUUCUCAGGGAGUUUGACAGGUUGACAAAGAACUUUAUCGAUUUCGAUACCGAAAGACAAAAGUUACAGGCUCACAUAGACGAAUUACAAUUGAAAUGUGAGAAGCUCGAGAAUGAAUUAGCGGACGAAAAGAUCAAGCACCUGGGGAUGGAUACCGCCAAUUCCGAGCCUACUACCACCGUCACGUUAAGGAAGGAAUUCCGAAAGAUGAUGGCGGAUUUGAGGAGUGAUAAUCAGAAAUUGUUGCAUCGUGAGAUAGAUGAAAAAAAGAAGUUGGAGGCCGCCGUGAGGAACCUUAAACGUGAGAGGGAGGCUGAAAAAUGGGAGAGAGUUAACAAAGGCACUCAAACUAGAUUUGUGAUUAGCGUUGGAUCCGGAUAA